AGAAAUUUUGUUGUGGCUAAAAGUUAAUAUCUCUGUCUAAAAAAGUUGCAUGACAAGCAAGAAACUUAAAGAAAGUGCAAAGGAGGAGGAAACAGUCCGCAACUGCCACGUAAGGGGACUAGCUAGCUAGCGGUUUCCUUGUCCUAUAAGAAGGAGGCCGUACAGAAGAAUAAAGAGUUUUGGUGCUAAACAUGGCAGCACAUCAAAUGGGGGCUUCAGUGUCGCCGAACCAGACGUUGGCGGCAGGGCAGUCUCCGAAGACGAAGACUAGCCCGGCUCCAUUUUUGUCGAAGACAUACGAUUUGCUUGAGGAAGGCGGUGGGGGAGAUGAUGAUAUUGAUCAAGGAAAGAAAAUUGUUUCAUGGAAUGCGGAAGGAAGUGGAUUUAUAGUAUGGUCUCCGGCGGAGUUCUCAGAGCUGAUGUUGCCUAAAUAUUUCAAGCACAACAAUUUCUCAAGUUUCAUUCGCCAGCUUAAUACCUAUGGAUUCAAGAAAACAUCAUCAAAAAGAUGGGAAUUCAAGCACGAGAAGUUCCAGAGGGGAUGCAGGGACAUGCUAGUAAAGAUCACCAGGAAGAGAUGUGAACCAAGUGUAUUUCCUGCGUACCUAAGGGCCGCUAACGAUGACAGUGCAGCCAUAGCAGCAACAGUAGAGGAGAAUAAUAAUCGGUUGCUGCUGAUGGAGGAGAACAAGAACUUGAGGAGAGAGAGGUUGGAAUUAGAGAUGGAAUUGGCCCAAUUCAAAUCACUUGAAAUUAAGUUGUUGGAUUGCCUUGCUCACUACGUGGGAGACAAUCACAUUAAUAAAUUUAGAAGGUUAUGUAGUGGUAGUACUACUACUUCUGAGGAAAAUUAUAAGUGAUCAAAAAGGUUUUUCAAUAUUUAUGUUUGUGAUCUCUUAAAUAUCAGUAAUAUGUAAAUGCAUAUUUUCCCUUUUGAGUUUCUUUUAGGCUUUCUUAACUUUAUUAUAUAGUUUUUAUGAUUUUCAAUCAAAGAUUGUCCAUGUGGGUUUUUUCGUUUGA